CUCGUUACCAUGGAAACCCUGCUACAAUGUUGUGUUGUGUGAUGCUAAAAUCAGUCUUGAGCUAAACGGAAGAAACGCGUCAGUUUAAAAAGGGCAACGUGUUUGUUAUGUUUACUGUCUGGCCUUCAUAUCAAAGCUAUAAAUGUCACCACAUAAAGAUAUAAAAUUUCCACCUUUGACACCGUCACAAAAAAGAAGACUUACAUAUGAACGUAGUCUACAAAGUUACACUGUCCAGACGUCAGAGGAAGAACAUGAAGAGGAAAUUGCUGGUGGUGUUUCUGUCCCACCAUUGGCAACGAGAAAGAGCUGGACAGGUGGCAGUUACCUUUAUGCUGGCCCAGACAGAAAGCCGCAACUCCUGAUGCAGCUGGAGAGCUAUGUGAGCAAGGAGCUGCAUACUGUUGACCCACAUGAGCCAAAAUUUCAGGCCCUGAAACUACAGGUUUACCGCAACGUCUUUGACUGUUUCAUCAGUGCCUUCAAAAUCUACCAACCCCUUCUGUCUGCCAUCAAAAAGGAAUAUGAAAACACAUUAGCUCAUCAACAGGAUCAAAUCAAAGAGCUGGAACCACUGCGAUCCCGUCUGCAGCUGGUGAUGGAGGAAUGUGACCGAAAGAUUCAAACCUGCUGGGCAGAGGAACAGGCUGAGAUUGGUGCCUUGAAAAUGGACAAGCAGCAGCUACAGGAGAACAUUGAAGCCAUGAGGGAGAAAGAGAAGACAAUGCAGUCAGUGGUGGAUCAUCUGCAGUCAGAACUGUUCAAACAGUAUCUGCAGUACCGGGAGGAGCGUGACGCCCGCAAGUUGCUGAUUUGGCAGCUCAAUGACAUGACAACAAGUACUGUAAAGGAGGAGCAUCCUGCAGACAAAAGUACAGAUUGGAAGGAUCCUGUGGAACUGCAGCUUGCUCUGAAGGUGUGUCGGGAAGACCUGAGGAAAGCCCAGGAGGAACUGAACAGGAUGAAAGCGGAGUACUGGGGCGUUGUGUCACAAUGUGACUGGGACACCCUUGAACAGAAACACCAACAGACCCAGCUGCAGUUGAAGACACUCCAGGAUGACUUUGAUCAGCUAAAGAGUGAGCAUGACACUCUGCUGGAUCUCCACAAACGAGGCAGCGUGCAUGCCAAGACACACGUCUCCACCUCUGUGCAGACAGAUGAGGGUGGGUCCCGGGGGCAAAGCUGCAUUCAGUCCCACCAACGGGAGGAACCAGUCAACUCUGAUUCCCCUGAGAGCAACACGCUCCCUGUCCAGGAGUCUAGGGAGGCCCAGAGGACGGCAUAUUUUGGAGAGGAAACAGAUCAACAUGUGACCUCAUCUCAAGGUGAAGCAGGCAGCAGUGGUGACCCCAUCUCCUCUUAGAGCCCCCACAUACCAGCUGGAGUUUCAAGUUUGAGCCUUCAUGUAAUUCACAACAUGUGAUCUUAGAUCAGUUCAGAUUGUGAAGAUGGAUUAAAUAUUAGAAAUGGUGGCCGCUGAGACCACAUGUGAGUUUCAAGGCUUUACCUUCAGCUGCCUUAAAACCACUUUUCUAAUAGUGAGUGAACCAUUCAUAGUCUUCAUUCUUUAUUUAGACAGCUUAAAGAUAUGCCAUAAAAUAAUAUAUGGACACUUAAUUAAUUAAACAUCUUAUUGACACAAUUUUUAAACAGCUGUAAAAAAAAAAAAUACCAUACACCUAUUUUGUUCUGGGGAAAAUGAAAUCCUUGCAAAAUCAUCCAGAAUUGUCUUCAUAUGCUCCCUGGAAGUGUUUAAGUGAUUUCAGUGAUUGUGCUCUGUUAACUGGGCUAAUCAGGCUAAAUGCAGCUUAUAACAUAUAAAUAAAAA